AUGGGGCGAAAUUUACUAAUGAGUAGCCUUGAAAAUGCAUCUUUUAACAUAAUUUUCCAAAUAGUUUUUAGGUGUAUAACCUUCAUUAUAAAUGCUUGGGUUAUAAGGAAUAUAGGUCAUGAAGUCCUGGGCAUAAUGAAUGUUAGACUUCUGCUCCUAGAAAGUACUAUCUUGUUUUUAAGUCGAGAACCAUUCAACAGAGCCUGCUUAGGCCAGAAAGAUGAAUUUAGCUGGAAUCAUAUCAUUAACCAAAUUUGGCUGUCUGUCCCUCUCAGUUGUGUGCUUUCUUUAGUUUUUGUGUAUGUCUGGUUGAAUCUGUUGCCUCUUGGAAGCCCAGAGUAUGCAUUCCAGUAUGCUUUUGGCUGCUGGAGUGUGGCAUUCUCAUGUGUCCUGGAGCUGUGUGCCGCCAACAUGGUCCUUGUGGCACAACUCUUCUGCUUUGUGAAGCUUAAAGUUGCUCUUGACACUUUGCACAUAUUUGUCAGAACCACCCUGUUCCUCAGUAUCAUAGUCUAUAACAGAUCUUUGGCUCUUAUUGCAUUUUCAGUAGCACAAGUUGGUAGUAUUGGAACCAUAGUAGUAAGUUAUUACAUUUUCUUUCAUUGGUAUUUAAAAAAUAAGCCUCUUUAUGCUAAAGGUGCACUUAAAAGCAAGGUGGUCCCUGAGAGUAUUUUGAAGAAAUUGUAUGAGAAUAUGGAUGAUUUCCACUUCACAUCUUUGAAGGACUUUCUGCCAAAAUGGCUUGGGAGUGUAAACUCAACAUUCAGCAAGAAGUUGAGUUCCCUGACUGUUAGUUUUGCUAAACAAGGAGUUGUGAAGCAGCUGCUGACCGAGGGGGAGAAGUAUGUGAUGUCCGUCAGUCCGGUGAUGAGCUUCAGUGAGCAAGCUACCUAUGACGUGGUGAACAACCUAGGCAGUCUGGCGGCGCGGUUCAUCUUCAGGCCCAUUGAGGACAGCAGCUACUUCUACUUCACUCAGAUGGUGAGCCGGGACCUGCCGCUGCACAAGCAGGAUCAGAACAAGAUUCAGGAGUCUUGCCACGUCUUGUCACAAAUCUGUAAAACUGUCACCUCUAUUGGUUUAGUUGUCUUAGUGUUUGGUCAGAGCUAUGCCAAGACUCUGCUGCUCUUGUAUGGGGGUGAGACAUUUGUAGCAAGCGGGCUGCCGGUGCAGCUGCUCCGGAGUCACUGCCUCGCCAUAGUCCUGCUGGCCAUCAAUGGGAUCACUGAAUGCUAUGCUUUUGCCACAAUGACUAGCACACAGUUGAAUAGUUAUAAUUACCUCAUGGUAUUGUUCUCUAUAAGCUUUCUGUUAUUGUCAUAUGGCCUAACAUAUGUUUUUGGACCAGUAGGAUUUAUAGUUUCUAACUGUAUAAAUAUGUUUGCUAGAAUACUACACAGCAUACACUUUAUUGAUGCUAAGUGUAGAGAUACGGGUUACAAGCCAUUAGAUGGGUUGCAUGUUGGAAAGAUAUUCCUAUUGACAUUGUUCACAGCUGGGAUAUUGUGCAAAGUAUCGGAGAACAAAUUACUGAGUACUUCUAUAAUUUUGCACAUCGCCAUUGGGGCUGUAUUGUUCUUUUUAGUAAUUUUGUCCUGGGUCUAUGAAAACAAAGAACUUGUUAUUAAAAUGUACAACAAAUUUGCAAGCAAAGAUGAGACCAAGGUAUCAAAAGACUAACAUUCAGUUAUUGUCAAGCUAAUGUAAUUUGUAAAUAAGAUUGGAAACCUAUAAUACUGUUAAAAUAAAGUUUUUUUAAUAAAUUUUAAA